CUCAUCUUUCCUUCCUGCAACAGCGUCACCAGAAGCGAUACUGACUGACCCCAUGAAGCUUCUUCUCCUGUCGAUCUUGGCCAACCUUGUCGCCAUCCGCUGCCUGGCCGUCCCGGAGCCCAGACAAGCUUCGGCUUUUCCGUCGGCGAGUGGGACAAAGUUCACCAUCGACGGCCAGACCGGGUACUUCGCCGGCAGCAACUCGUACUGGAUCUCGUUUCUGACCAACGAUGCCGACGUCGACCUCGUCAUGGACAACGUCGCAAAGUCCGGGCUCAAGAUCUUCCGCAUAUGGGGCUUCAACGACGUCAACACCAUCCCCGACGGGGACCAGGUCUGGUACCAGCACCUCUCGUCCACCGGGUCCAGGAUCAACACGGGCACCAACGGGCUCCAGCGCCUCGAUGCCGUCGUCGCCGCCGCCGAGAGGAAGGGUGUCAAGCUGGUCAUCCCCUUUGUCAACCACUGGGACGACUACGGCGGCAUGAACGCCUACGUGAAGGCCUUUGGCGGCUCCAAGGAGUCGUGGUACACCAACGCCCAGGCCCAGAGCCAGUACCAGGCCUUCAUCCGGGCGGUCGUGGGCCGGUACAAGGACUCGGCCGCCAUCUUCGCGUGGGAGUUGGCCAACGAGCCCCGCUGCAAGGGCUGCGACACCGACGUGAUCUUCAAGUGGGCGGAAUCGAGCUCCAAGUUUGUCAAGUCGCUCGAUGCGAAUCACAUGGUCACCCUGGGCGACGAGGGGAUGGGCCUCCCCGGCGACGGGAGCUACCCAUACCAGUACGGCGAAGGGACGGACUUUGUGAAGAAUCUCGGCAUUGAGACGCUUGACUUUGGCACUUUCCACAUGUACCCGGAUCAUUGGAACGUCGAUCUCAAGACCUGGUCCCCCGGCUGGAUCAAAUCGCACGGCGAGGCAUGCGCCAAGGCAGGCAAGCCCUGUCUCUUUGAAGAGUACGGUUCCCUGACGGACCACUGCGCUGUCGAGAAAGCAUGGCAGGAAGCUUCUCGCACCGCGCCCGGGCUGGGGGCUGAUUUGUUCUGGCAAUGGGGCGAUCGGCUGAGUUCCGGCCAGACGCACGAUGACGGGUUCACAAUCUACCACGGCAGCAGCGACUACCAGUGCCUGGUUGUAGAUCAUGUGAAGGCGAUCACUGGCUGAUGGUUUGCCGCCCCCCGCGUUGCUAGAGUUUACGAAUCUGGGAAGAUGACCCCGAGUCAGGCCGAUACGACACGGAUUCGUUAGUAAAACAGGAACUCUGCAUUCUGGAACCGCUCUCCCCUUUCUCCUUUUCGCCACCUUCGUCUGAAUUCGUAAGGUGAGGCUCAAUUUUGAAAUGCCUGAUGCAUUAGAUCCCGGCAGAACCCCUUGCAUAAACUCUAUACAAUCCAGGGGCAGAGGGGUAGCCGGGCUCACAACUUGGCCCUGGCAUUGAUCAGAGUUGAGGGGGAAUAUAUUGUACUAGGAGAUCUGUGGCGGCUAUUUAAUUCGAACGGACUCUCGUGGAGCUGCAC